AUGCCAUUGCACAGAAAUGGGAACCUCCCCAUGGUCUACUUUCAAGAUUUUGUGCUGGAGGGAUUUCAGGGUGGCCUGGAGACCCAGGCUCUGCUCUUUGCUGAUUUCCUGAACCUGUACAUGGUAAUUGUGAUGGGGAACCUCACUAUUAUCAUGGUCAUCACCUUGGAUGCCCGCCUGCACUCUUCUUCCUCAUCUGUCAUUGCCCCCAGUGCCCCGGCCAACUUCUUCUCCCCACCCAAGGUCAUCACCUGCUGUGCCACCCAGUUAUUCUUCAUCUCCUUACUGGUCACCACUGAAGGCUUCCUCCUGGGCGUCAUGGCCUGUGACCAUUUCAUGGCCGUCUGCAGCCCCCUGUGCUACCCCAUCACCAUGUGCCACUCUGCCUACACUCACCGGGUGCUGGGCACCUACUGUGGAGGCUGCCUCAACUCUGUUGUGCAGACCAGCCUCACAUUCUGCCUCCCAUUCUGCAGCUCCAACUGCAUCAACCACUUCUGUGACGUGUCCCCUCUGCUCCAGCUCGCCUGUGGCAGCACAGGCAUCAACGAACUUCUGUUUGGCAUCUGUGGGCUCAUCAUUGUGGGUGUGACAUUUGUAGUCCUCAUCUCCUAUGGCUACAUCACAGUGACCAUCCUGAGGAUGUGCUUAGGAGCUGGGAGACGCAAGGUCUUCUCCACCUGUGGCUCCCACGUGACUGUAGUGACUCUCUUUGUUGGGACUGUCUUUGUCAUGAAUGCCCAGCCAGGAGCCAUUGAGUCCAUGGAGCAGGGCAAGGUGGUCUCUGUCUUCUACACAUUGGUCAUCCCAAUGCUCAAUCCUCUCAUCUACAGUCUUCGAAACAAGGAUGUGAAGGAGGCCCUGCAGAGGCUGGGCCAGAGACACAUGGUCACAUGA